GUUGAUUUUAAAAUCAAAACAGUAGAGCUAAGAGGAAAGAAAAUUAGAUUACAAAUCUGGGACACAGCAGGUCAGGAGAGAUUCAACAGCAUUACCUCAGCUUAUUACAGAAGUGCCAAGGGAAUUAUUUUGGUGUAUGAUAUCACCAAGAAGGAAACAUUUGACGAUUUACCAAAAUGGAUGAAAAUGAUUGAUAAGUAUGCUUCAGAAGAUGCAGAGCUUCUAUUAGUUGGCAAUAAACUGGACUGUGAAGUUGAUCGAGAGAUUAGUCGACAGCAGGGAGAAAAGUUUGCACAGCAAAUAACUGGGAUGCGGUUCUGUGAAGCAAGUGCCAAGGAUAAUUUUAAUGUGGAUGAAAUAUUUCUAAAACUUGUUGAUGACAUUCUGAAAAAGAUGCCACUGGAUGUUAUAAGAAAUGAGUUGUCCAACAGUAUCCUGUCCCUGCAACCAGAGCCAGAAAUCCCACCAGAACUGCCUCCUCCAAGGCCACAUGUCCGUUGCUGUUGACUUGUUACUCCAUACAGAGUGAAAAAUAGGAGCAGGAGGGUAAAGAAAGUAUCUGUACUACUCUGCACUACAAUCAUUUGGCAGUUUCUCGUUGCACUUUGUUAUUCGAGUCAGAGCUACACACUAACUUGUAAAUAUGCAAAUAUGUAAUCCUAUAUAGGAUUCAGCUAUAACAUUUAAUUAUUACCCCUCUCCCUCACAAUGAUGUUUCAUUCAUUGCCCCAAUGUUAUAAAUACUGUACAGUCGGUGGGGGGUUUACCACACUUCCGGUCGAGGAGGAGGAGAAAUUAAAUCUAUACCUAUUCUUGACAUAAAUGUUGUAAUAGUUCUUUGUUAUUAUAAACAGGCAGGCAGAAGCUCUUCUGGUAUGAAGAUAAGUAUAUGGUGCUUUGCUAACUAUUUUAAAGACAAAUUUUUUAAAAACAGAGGACUUUAUGUACAAAGCUUCCAUAAUCAGCAUUAUGUUUCCUUUUAAUGUAGUGAAAACACUUUUGGCUGUAGCAUCCUCUGCUGACUGGAUUUAUUGAAAAGCUAAGUUUAAUUUUUUGGCAGUCUUUUAUUUAUUUUGUUUAAUGCUGCACCCUUUCUUUGUGUACCAAGACAUCACAUCUGGUGCAGAUCUAAGAUUGCACUCUAAGAUAGCAUAUAUAAUUUUCUGCAUAAGCAUAAACUUGGUUGCAAGAAUCAUUAAGUUUCAAUAAAGAAUGGAGAUAUAUUCAAGUUCUAAAAGAAGGUAUAAAAAGCAAUGCUGCUGUCCUAGACAAAUUCUUAAAAGAAAAAAAAAAAAGAUGAUACCUUUUCCUGUGGUAAGGAAUAUAUAUGUGUAUUUGUCUGGACAUCUGUAGGGUUUGGGGGAAGGGAAUCUAAGGUAAAAUUAUUUUCUUUCCUGAUGAUGGAAAUUAUUCCCAUCAAGCAAAUACUGUGUUAGGUUUUGGUCUGAUAAUGAAUUUGUGAAUUAUAUCUUUGGUAUAUCUUUUAUUAAAAUGCACUGUUUAGUUUAGCUGUGGUAAAUCAAUAGUUACAUAUUUGAAUAACUUGGUGUGUCCUGAAUGUUGUGGUAUUGAAAAACAUUGUGGUCUUUCUAAACUAAUGAAGUGCAAAUAAAAUUUUGUAUUUAUGAAUGACA